GCCGCCAGAAGGUCCGUCGCAGGCGCCGCACAAGGUUAGCGUGUCUGGGUGACGUCAUCGGACAACGGAAAACGUCAUUUUUAGAGCAACAGAGAUUCGAGAACGAUGCCGAAGAGCUGCGUGGUCCCGGAGUGUAGACGAGCGGAGUCGGGCCUGGAAAGUUAUUAUAAGUUUCCUUUACAUGACAAGGUGCGUCUCAAGCAAUGGCUGACAAAUAUGAAUCUGGAAAAUUUCUUCCCCACGAAGAAUCUGUAUCUUUGCAGCAAGCACUUCAAACCGUCUUGUUUCCAAAUACGUUGGGGUGUCCGCUACCUCCGACACGACGCCGUACCCACCAUUUUCUCCACCAGCCUGGGGGCCUCGAGCAAGACACAAGUGUCUAAGUCCAGAACAGUAAAUCCCACGCUGAAUUUAGGAGAUGAAGUCAGCCUCCCCACUGUUUCACCUUUGGUCAUUGGCGAGACCCAGGUUCUUCCAGACACUUUGAUGAUUGCAGUAGAUCCAAAUUCAUCCACUGGUCCGAUAUCCUUAGCAGAGGUUCUGGGGAAGAACACUGACCCCACUGGAGUCAUAGGUGCAGUGAAUUUGGUACCACUAGUUCAUUUUGUUGAGUCCUUUGAUGGGUUGUCAUUGGCUCUGGCGCCAAAUCAAGGCUUCCAGUCUGUAGCUUUACCCAUCCAGGUGACUGGAGGACACCAGAUACAACAGAUUGGACCAGUUGGCUUCUUGUCUGAUGAACACAUUGCAACCACAACAUUACAGCAAAAUUAUUACGAUGGCCAAGUCUUGCAGUCUGUUCAAGUCCCUGCUAUUAUCCAGAUGACUGGAGAGUCUAAUCCUGGAAACUUGGCAGCAGAAAACAUCUCCAUCGAGCCCUUUUUUGAAGCUGGGUUACCCGCACCACCCCCAGCCACAAUGACCACAGAGGAUGUGAUGUCCUACUUAGAAACCAUGCAGACAGCCACACUUGUUCCUGUCCUGCCUUCUGGUCCUCUACCACCACUGAUACCUUCUCAAGAGACCAUAUUGUCAUGCUCUGCAGCCAGCCCCAUAGUCUCCACUGUUCCUAUAGUGUCAAAACACAGCAAGGAGGUGUCAUCUGGUCAUGGGUCGCAAGUACUUGGCGUGGAACCAUCAAAGGGACCAGAUGGGCUUGCAGAAACGUCAUCCACUGCCGAACUGGUCUCUGUGGUUAUGAACCUGCAGAAGAAAGUAACGGCUCUUCAGCAGCGGCAUCAGAAGCACUGCACCAAGCUGGAGCUCAUGGAAGGUGUCGUUGACCAGCUGAAGCAGGAGAACUUGAUUUCAGAAGAUAAACUAAACUUUUUGGACCUGGCCUGUCUGAACUCUGCCCCUGUACAGACAGAAGGGGCUGAGACCAUUGCUAUUCUCUGUGACGAUGAGGACCAAGCCUUGCUGUACGCUCUGCCCCUCCAGGGUGAAAACCGGACGCGCCUACGCAUCACCGAGCAGUGACCGGAUGUACCCUUUUAUCCUCCACCGUAAUGAAUUCCUUAGGUCUCUAAUCAGUGUGUUGGUCGGUGGGAGGACCUUCGUUGCCAUCAUAUCGGAACGAAAUGAUUUUGGAUGUGGCUUUUCAUGUGAAAACGCUAUUUGUGUAGCUAUUUUAUGUUUUUGUGCUCGUUUUGUCUUGCAGUGUUUCAUUGCUGUAGUUCUGUCUGUAGGUUGUGGCGGACAAGCCCCCAUAAACUGAUGACACAAGGAGCUUCCAGUGCAUUGCUUUAUGUAACUGCUAGAUGCUACAGUUUGUGGGUUCUUGGACUGUGUGAGCUGUAAAAUAAGUUGCUUUCCCUUUAAAUGGGUUGUCUGAUGCUUAAAAAGCCCUCUAAUUGUCUUAAAAUGACAAAUUAUAUUCUACACUCCCCUUUCUCCAGUUCCGUUCUUUGCCGCGCUGAUCCGGUCCGCCUGCCGCUGCUUGCGGUGACAUGCCGGGAUACGGCGGGUGACUUCUGCAGCAAAUCGCUGUCCUCGGCACUCUACUGCUGAGGACUGUCAUUGGCUUCAGUGCCAGUGAGGUGGCGGUGUGCGGCCUGUGGCCGCUGCAGCCUUUUACUGUCCUCAGCGGUAGACUGCAGUGGUCACGUUCCAUACACCGACAUAUCGCCUCCGCAGUUUGUAAGCAAGCAGCGGCAGGAGGACCAGACCUACGCUGGAGAAACGGCCGACCAUAACGUAACUUAUGUUUCUAGUAAAAAAAUUAAAAUUUUGUUUCGAGUUAAAACCUUAAGUACGUUUAAAAUUCUGGGCUGAUAAAUCCUUAAUCUAGCUUUAUAGCACACCCCCCCCCCCACUUGAAGGAGCUCCUGAGCCGAGUGUAUAAAUAGUAUGCAAUAAGCUCCCUCUAGUGGUGGCUUCAUGCAGUGCAAAUGUUGUGUUGUAAAUCUUUGUCUGUGCAGGGGAUUAGGACCGAAACCACACUAUCGAGGCCUGCGACGCUUAGUUCAGUACCUAAGAGCAUCAUGGUGUUAAAAUGGUGAAAUAUAUAUUCUGACAGGACCACAAAAAUUAGGCGUUUGAGCCCAAUUGACCUUGUUAUAGGAUAAUUAUUUGACUGUGCUUAUACCCUUUAAAGGGUUUUUAUGUAAUUUAGGCCUAAUCAUUGUCAUGAGACGUUUUACUACCUUGUAAUAACUUUUUUUCAGUUUUGCUCUGCUUGAUGUGCGUGAAUGCGAACAGGACAAUCUGUCAUCUGCCACCGAAGCGUGACCCCACGACAAGAGCGCCUGGGAAUCGAGCUGUGGGGCACUUUUUUUUUUUAGCCUUUGGCUGUAACCAAGUUUUCCAUUCACUGACAGUAAGCAUGGAUCUUGAGAAAUGUAAACUAUGUAUGGUAUAGAUGUGCAACGUUCUGCUUUCUUUAUUCACCUAAAACUGGAAGAAAACUCUUAAGGCGCAUUCUCACGACCGCGCUGUGUUUUGCAGUUCGCAAAUUGCGGAUCUGUAAAACAGAUGCCGCCUGUCUGUGUUCCCGGACAAGAAUGGGACAUGCUGUAUAUCUUUUACGGAACAGCGGAUGCGGACAGCACACGGUGUGCUGUCCGCAUCUUUUGCAGCCCCCAUUGAAAUGAAUGGGUCCGCAAAAUUUCGGAAUGGAUGCAGACUCGUUUAAACGCUCGUGUGAAUGAGCCCUGAGGCUGGGUUUACACGUGGUUUUUGGUGAAGUCUAACUUUGGCUUAAAAAAUGCAUAAAAAAACGGCUUGUGUGAUUCCAGUCUAGACGACUGAUCCGGAGAUGCGGAACAGAAGCACGGAAUGGAA